UCCUGGUUAUACGACACUGUCCUAAUUAAGGUGUCCCAAAAGUUGUUCUGUGUUCUGCCUUAAACCCAAGACAAGAGUUUCCAACCAACCAAGCCAUCAUAGAGGCCGCUAAGAAGAGCCUGUUUGCCAUGACUGACACAGAAACUUCGGAAGGAAUAGGUGGCGGGGUUGAUGUGGAGACGACCAUAUUUGAUGGUUCUACCGAGAAACUGGAUGAAGUUGACAAUCUAACGAAGAUUAAAGAGUUAUUUCUCCGUUUGGACCCAGACAUCCUGAAGUCCCUGAAGUGCCUGAAGUCGCUGUGUGUGACAAUAUCUGAAUCUUCGGCGAAGUUGAAACACUUCAUUUUCGAAGGUUUUGAUGUGCCGUCGAGAUCGAUCAUUGACGCCUACACUCCCAAUCCGAAAUAUCUCAAGAAUUUCGAUACACUGAGCGGCAGUAAACUAUUCUUGUUCCUUUCGGGAUUGGAUAUUUCUGAAGCUCAUAUUAAACUUAUCAAGCACGUUAAUGAACGAAUAGAAAAGGAGAAGAUGGAUGUGUAUAAGACUGUGUGGAUCCCCAUUGCUGGGGAAAAUAAGUGGAAGGCACACGAGGAGGAAGACAAAUACUUGUUGCACAUUGCGGAAAGGCUGUCUUGCUACGCAGCUAGACCCCACCCAGAAUGCAUCAGAAACAUCGAGGACAUGUUCGAAUUACACAAGAAGAAGAAUUAUUUGGUGCUGCUGGAGAUGGACCAAAGGGGCCAUGUGGAAGAAUACAAUCCUGCCAAGACAAUUGUGAAGGAAAGAAUGGCGCGGUUUGGCUUCAAAACGGAAAAGUAGCAACUUAAUUUUCUUCAAAAGAAGGUCUUUUGCUAAAGUUCACAAUCACCGCUGGAAACAUUUCCAGAUUAAUUUGUGACAGCACAUGAACCUUUGCAAGAAUUACUGUCCAGAAUAA